CCAAGUUCUUCUGUCUCAGCCAGAACAACUAGAUCCAGUUUCUUCACUCCAGGAGGUCACCAAAGACAUUUCAGAGAGGAUGCUUUCGCGCGUUUUUAUUUUCUGUCUAGCCUUUUGCGCUGUUUCGGCGCGGUCAACCUCCUAUCCUUAUGAAGAGUUUGGCCAAACCACAGCCCAGCCUGGGGCUAGCACAGACCAACCCUGGGUCACCACCGACUCCUACAGUGACGUCAACGUACAGACCACAGACUCAUACGCCAGCGGGACCACCGCCAGGGACUAUAAUGACAUGAUGACCACCACGGACUACAAUCCCCAAAGCACAGACUCUUAUGAGUACAAAGCUAGCUCCUCUGACUAUGGCAGAGACACCACUAGUAGUUCUUAUGAAGAUCUAACUUCUUCCUCAUAUAACAGGGGUACAACUGAUUCUUAUAAUGGAUACCAAACUUCUGACUCUUACAGAUCUGGAACUACUCCUUCCUCAUAUAGCAGAGGUACGACUGAUUCUUAUCGGUAUGAAACGAACCCAUCUUCUUAUGAUGACGUUUACACCUCUCGUUCUCCGUAUUACAGUCCAAGAUACACCAAUUCUUACAGAUAUGGAGCAACAUCUAGCUACUAUCCAAGAUACACAGAUUCUUACAGAUACGGAACAACCCCUAGCUACAACAGAUACACAGAUUCUUACAAAUAUGGAACUACCUCUGAUAAUUACAACAGAUACACAGAUUCUUACAGAUAUGGAACAACAUCUAGCUACUAUCCAAGAUACACAGAUUCUUACAGAUACAGAACAACCCCUAACUAUAACAGAGACACGGAUUCUUACAGAUACGGAACAGCCCCUAACUAUAACAGAUACACAGAUUCUUACAGAUAUGGAACAACGUCUGGUGACUAUCCAAGAUACACAGAUUCUUACAGAUACGGAACAGCCCCUAACUAUAACAGAUACACAGAUUCUUACAGAUAUGGAACAACCUCUGAUGACUAUCCAAGAUACACAGAUUCUUACAGGUACGGAAUAACCUCUGAUGACUAUCCAAGAUACACAGAUUCUUACAGGUACGGAACAACCUCUGAGUUUGAUGACUGCUAACCCAGACACAUAAUAGCCGAGCACCUUUGAGAAUAAAGGUUUUUCACGAAAUCUCCAACAACUAUCAGGACCAGACCACAGACAGUUUUAUUUAAUCCCUCGACAAACUGACCAGCUCAAAAUUAGCCAACAAUGGAGAAACCACCUCUUGCCUGGAGCACCUAAAUGAAGAACAAGAAAAAAUAAAAGAAGAGUAAAUUGUAAAAAAAUAGACUCGAUGUCGAUGGGAAAACAAAAAGAUCUCUAAAAAGUCGUCAGAUCGGAGAAAUUAACAGUACAGUAACUUACGGCUGGACAUUCUCUUAAAAGCGGAUGUGAUAAGAUAGCCUAUUCCUGUCGGACUGUGAAAACAAGUUCGGUAAAAUAAAAAUGUCCUGACUGAUA